ACUGCCAAAAGCGUCAAAGGUUUGUCUCUGCGGACUGCGGUUUUACCCCACGGAGAAAAAGGCCGCCCCUCCCGCCCCAGCCACAGCGACGAACCACCGCCCCGGAGGCCGCCGGCGUCGAGCUCCCCUCGCCCACAGCGUGCUCCACCGAGCUCCCCCCCCCUCGUCUCCUCCACCAGAUCGGUGAUCUGAUCCCCGCCUCCACCAUACAGCCAGAUCCGUCGCCCCGCCGCCCCCCUCCGACCUACCCGUCCCGAGGCGGCGGGGAGUGGAUGGCGGCGACGGUGGAGGAGCAGAUGGUGGUCAAGGCCAUCCGGGAGGAGUGCCCAUGGGAGUCGCUCCCCAAGCGCCUCCAGUCCACGCUCCACACCAAGGAGGAAUGGCACCGCAGGAUUGUGGAUUACUGCAUCCGAAAACGAUUACAAUGGAAUACUUGUUUUGCUCGUAGAGUGUGCAGGGAAGGGGAGUACUAUGAGGAAAUGAUGAAAUACCUCCGGAGGAAUCUUGCAUUAUACCCGUAUCAUCUUGCAGACUAUAUCUGCCGAGUUUCGAGGAUCUCACCAUUUAGAUAUUAUUGUGACAUCUUGUUUGAAGCUAUGAAGAAUGAGCAACCAUAUGACAGUAUUCCAAACUUCACUGCUGCUGAUGCCUUGAGGCUUACUGGCGUUGGAAGAAAUGAGUUCAUUGAUAUUAUGAACAAAUGCAGAUCAAAGAAACUAAUGUGGAAGCUGAAUAAGUCAAUUGCAAAAGAAUUAUUGCCUACACAGCCUGUUGACUUCCCAAUCGAUCCUUGGUGGGGAGUUUGUCUUGUGAACUUCACUAUAGAAGAGUUUAAGAAACUUUCAGAGGAAGAGACUGCAACAAUAGACAAAAUAUGCAAAGAAGAAGCCAAUUCCUAUGUUCUAUUUGACCCAAAGGUCAUAGAUGGCCUUUAUAAAAGAGGUUUAGUGUAUUUUGAUGUGCCUGUUUACCCUGACGACCGCUUUAAAGUUUCCAGGCUCGAAGGUUUUGUUUCUAACAAGGAUCAAUCAUAUGAAGACCCAAUCGAAGAGCUACUUUAUGCUGUAUUUGUUGUGUCAAGUGCCAAUGCUACUGUAGCUGAAUUGGCUGCAACUCUACUAGCUGACCUUUAUCAGCUGCAAGCAGCUGCGUCGUUUGCUUGUCGACUGGGCUGGGCUGUAAAACUUAUGGAUGCUGACUCUGUACUUGAAGAUGCACCCACUUUUCCCAGUAACAUUCUGAGUGAUGAUGAAGAAGGUUCAAAUGCAAGCAUCAAUUCAGAAAAGUCUGGCCAACAGUUGCUCAGUGUUGAUGCUGGACCAAGGAAAAUAUCUGGAACUGCCCAUGUAGCGUUGGUUGUGGAUGCGAAUGUUACUUCGUACUUGAUGAUGGGCUCAUUGUCACCAGGUUUAAAAUCUCAUGCUGUCACACUAUACGAAGCUGGAAAAUUAGGUGAUUCUUGCAUUGCAGAACUAUGCAGUGAUCUGGCUAGUUUGGAAGGGAAGAAGUUUGAGGGUGUGCUUGAGGAGUUUGCUAAUCAUGCAUUCAGUCUUCGAUGCUUCCUGGAGUGUUUACAAUCUGGUGGAGUUUCUACCAAUGUGAAUAUUGAUAAAGCUGGUGAAGCAAAGCUUACAACAAGCUCCUUGCAAGAUAAUGUUACUGCCCAUUUGACCAAGAUAAACAUUGAGGACACUGAUGAAAUGCCCCAGCAGAAGCACUCUGGUUUAAAUAGUAGUGAUGGGAAAAUGUUGACUUCAUCAGCGACUUUAUUGGAAAGUGGAGAAGGCAUGGAGGGAAAUGAUGUUGAGGGUAGUGGCACCACUGAACUAGAUGGCUCAACUGACAUCAAUGUGGUUAAGACUAAAAGGAAGUACAGAGUUGAUAUCCUCCGAUGUGAGAGCUUAGCUUCACUUCCACCAGCAACACUGGAACGGUUGUUUCUCCGGGACUAUGACAUCAUUGUGUCUAUGGUUCCUCUUCCUUCUUCAUCAGUUCUUCCUGGUUCGUCAGGCCCAAUUCAUUUUGGUCCACCCUCAUACUCUUCCAUGACACCUUGGAUGAAGCUGGUUUUGUAUACAGCAGGGGAUUGUGGACCAUUAUCUGCUGUUUUCAUGAAAGGACAACGCAUUAGAUUGCUUCCUAAACCUUUAGCCGGUUGUGAGAAGGCACUGAUAUGGUCUUGGGAUAGCUCUGUGGUAGGUGGGCUAGGAGGGAAGUUUGAAGGGAACUUAGUCAAGGGCAACCUGUUGUUGCAUUGCUUGAACUCAAUGCUUAAACAAUCAGCUGUUAUGGUGCAACCACUUAGUGUAAAUGAUCUUAAUGCAUCAGGAAACCUUGUCACAGUGGAUAUCCCUUUGCCCCUGAAGAGUGAUGAUCAGUCAAUUGCAUCUGUGAUAGCUCAAACUAAUUUGCCACAAGAACAGGUCUUAAAUUUGGCCUCUGUAUUAAAAGACCUGUCCAGUAAAUUUGAGUUGAGUACACUUGGCUACCUUCGGUUAUUAAGACUUCAUAGGCUUACUGAAUCGGAUGAAUCACACCUAGAAAAUGGAAGUUACCAGUGGGUGCCUUUGAGCUUGGAGUUUGGAAUCCCCUUGUUCAGUCCAAAAUUAUGUGAGCGGAUUUGCGAAAGGGUGGUCGAAUCCUGUAUACUUCAAAAAGAGGAUCUCGCUGAACAUUAUGAUGUGAUGCAAACUGUAAGGCGGCGGCUAAGAGAACUUUGCAGUGAAUAUCAGGCAACUGGUCCAGUUGCUAAGUUGUUCAACAAGCGAGGAAGCUCAAAGGAUUUGCCCCGUGUUUUAAUCAACACCAUCAGUGGCAGAUGGAAUCCAGUUAAUGAUCCUUCAGCACCAAGUGAACAUGAGAGGCUGAAACUUGCUGGACGGCAGAGAUGCCAAACAGAAGUCGUGGGAUUUGAUGGGACCUUUAUCAGGUCAUAUGCACUUCCUCCUGAGCACGAUGAGGCUGGCACCAAAUCUUUAUCUGAAGAACAAUCAUCAGCUCACGAUGGAAAACCAGACACAGAAGAUGCAGAUAGCAAGGAUGUACUCUUACCAGGUGUAAACCUCAUAUUUGAUGGAGCUGAAUUGCAUCCAUUCGACAUCAGUGCUUGCCUUCAAGCACGUCAACCUCUCUGGCUCAUAGCUGAGGCGUCAGCUGCUUCAUCGACCAUGAUAUAAGAGUCCAUCCAUUCUCGGUUUUAUGUUGGUACGUACAUAUCUGUUUGCUGCAAGGCAUGCGUCCCGAAACGGGUGAUACGUCAGUCUGAGGACUCUUUGAGGGAAGAUUUUGCUGUUCAACGGGCUGCUGUUUUUCUAUGCACUCUGGCCAAAUGAUGCUUUUACAGGAAAUGACAAAUUGUAACUUAUCAACCGAGUCUGGCAGAGCGCAUUGCUGAGGCUAUUUACAUCAUUACAUGCAUCAUAUGUAUUUUUUAUUUUUUUGGCCAACCGAUUGUGGAAUUUUUUUCCAGUCAUCUUGAACGAAGACCUUGAUGCUCAAAGGUGCUUACGAGUUCUUUCUUGUGUAAGAUUUGCCUGUGAUAUACAUGAGUGUUGUAUAGUACUACGUAGAUUCCCUGGUCUACUUGUUCGAAUGAAAAUUUUAGCUAGGAAGGAUUUGUCGAGAGUGGAUGUAUUUAACAUAUGGGUAUUUUCCCACCAAUGCGUGCACUCAUAUUUCACCUCCAUAUCUCAUUUCUGUAGUCAAGAGAGUCAAAGACGUGCAAUGUCGAUGAAACACACAAAUGGCGCAUAUCACAGUUCCA